CAGGGCAAUGCGGUCUCAACGUACAUCUCUCUGCUUCCGCCACCUCAGCGCUGGGCACCAACUGGCAGGUUAUGGCCGGGACUCGUGACCGUUUUUCAUGAAUCCCUCCAUCGUUUCAACAGUCUUACUUCUACUCCCUUCUUCUCUGCACUAAACAACACAAACACAGAAGUUUUUCAACGUUUCUCUCUCUGUCUGUGCAAAAGCUAUGGCAGGAGAACUUCCUGGGUUUUACUAUGAUGCGGAAAAGAACAGGUACUUCCCUACCAAAGGUCCUAUACCCGGCUCCCGUCGUGUGACUACUGCUGCUUCUUCUUCCAGCGCUCAAACACCGGCCCAGGUGAGCAAUUCAUGUAGGCGAACCAGAGUAAAAACUUCUAAGCUGCUUCAUGACAGGGAGUUAUGUGGUAAUCUCAUCGCUUCUGGUAAAGGAAGGUGUAACUUUUAUGAGGAAUUCCAAAAGGCGCAAGUAUCCCUUCCUGUGGUUUGGAAGUAUCAGGGAACAAAUCAGUUAGGUGAUGGUGCUUUGGAGCGGAUUCGCAUGGAUGUACAGACAGGAGAGGGACUAACUGAUACGGACUUUGUAUUAGCAGGUGGCGCUGAUGGCUCUUUAAGUAUUUUUGAAGUUGGGAAAGUUGGGCAGGGUCUUGAGUACGGGAUGAAAUGUAAGGCAGAUCGUGUCUGGCCACUGUUGAACAAAAGUCAACAAGAGUGUAGUGAAGUGCCUGGGCACAUAUGGAGACCAGCUCAAGCUACGCCACGAAUGCCAUCGAAUAUAUCUCGUAUAAAAUUGUUUGGAAAGCAGUCUCCUGGCACAGAAGAUGAAAGUUCACGCACCCAGCAUAUGUUGGUAUCAACGUUGGGAUGUGAGAGGGCUGGUGGGAGUCUUGUGGUUAUUAACCUUGUUGAACUACUAAAUUUUAAUCCAAAUAGGCUUGUCUUAAGGCGAAACAUUUAUGAGAUUGCAACUUUCAACUGCACUAUUUGGACUGCAGAUUGUGAACCUGAUGGGAGUCGUGCAGUGAUUGGAACCAACCUGGGAGCUGCUUUGGUGGAUUUGGAAACUGGGAGGGCAUCAUGGCUGUUACGCAGUAAAAGUGAUGUUUUGGCACAACAACUCGUUCACUCGGGAAAUGCUGUUUUAUGCGGACUCAGAAAUGGAGCAAUUGUAACAGUUGAUGUUCGUGAGAAACAGGAAGCAUUUCCUGCAAGACAAGUUAGACAUAGAAUGCGCCCCUCACCUUUGGAUAACACUCUUGGAAAAUCUAGUAAACAAUCGUUUAAGCUUUCCGGAAAUAUGAAUCCUUCUCAUAGCACUAAAAUGCCUUCAUCUAUUGCAAGUUUGGUAUCGCUUCGGUUUGAUGACCAGUACUUCUUGGCAAGCUCCAUGGAUGGAACAGUGAAGCUUUAUGACCAACGGAUAAUCCAAAGAGGAGCUGUACAAUCUUAUGAGGGGCAUGUGAAUUCCCAUACUCGUAUGCAGCUUGGAGUUGACCCAUCUGAGAGAUUUUUUAUGUCAGGUGGAGAGGACUGCAAUUUACGAAUUUGGAGUAUCAAGUCUGGUGAACUGCUUUUUGAGGAUAAAUUCUCUAAAACAGUCCCCUCAACUGUGUGCUGGCGGAACGCUGAACGGUUUAAGGGAGAGCAGGAUGAAAGGCGAAGCUAUGAAUACCUUGAUGCCAAAACUUAUGGUUUGGGGGCAUGGAUUGGAUCCCGUGAAGGACUAUUUUACAUGCACUGGCAAGUGUGAGGUGUGCAAGAGUGUUGGGCAUGGAUUGGAUCGCGUGAAGGACUAUUUUACAUGCACUGGCAAGUGUGAGGUGUGCAAGAGUGUUCUCAAGAAUGCUUUUACAAAUGUGCAAAGCUUGGCCCUUCUUUUUGUACUGAUGCUUGAGUGCAGCAAUCUGAAUGCUCACCAUACAGGAACGCAUUUCUGAGCUGAAACACGUGGCAAUGCUGGUGUGAGGAGAUAUGAACAAGGUACAAGUUAUGAUUUUGACCUUUUUCAACUGAGACAUCGAAACUGUUGGCCUUGAGAAAGACCACCGCAAAAUUUUCUAGAUGGUGAUAGUAGCGGAAGCUGCUUACCAAUUUUUUUUUUUGGUUUCCAUUGUAAAGAUAAAAUCUGGUACAUAGUGUGAGUCUGAAAGUGGUAUUUAUGUGGGGGCUUGUAGCUUCGGUGGUUGAGAGCAUUUAUCCUCUCUCAAUGCUGAAGUUCAAAUCCUCUCUCUCCCCCUUGUAACAUCAAAAUGGUACUUUGUAAAAUGAUAUUGUGAAAUUCAGUAAAGUGAAAAUAUUACAACUUCAA